GGUGGUGGAGCGCUAGGUGGCUCGGCGGCUGUCUGGUUGGCUGAGACCGUAUGUGCUGCGAGGGUCGGGUCAUCUGUCCCGCCGCGGAGUUAGCGUGUCCUGCAGUUGGAACAUGGUUCUCGAAAUCCGGGCCCCGCGAGCGCGGCGGGCGUGCUGAGGACGCCGGCCCAGUCCGCUGCUCGUUCUCUCCGGGGGCGGCCGGGCUUGGACAGCUGGGAGAAGCAGGCCAGAGCCUUGGGAGGGCCUCGGGCCCGGGGAGCCGGGGAGGAUGAGCUGGCUCUUCCCCCUGACCAAGAGCGCGACCUCUUCGGCAGCUGGGUCCCCCUGCCUCACCAGCCUUCAGCAGCAGAAGCAGCGCCUGAUCGAGUCCCUGCGGAACUCCCACUCCAGUAUAGCUGAAAUACAAAAAGAUGUGGAAUACAGGCUGCCAUUCACAGUAAACAACCUUACAAUUAACAUUAAUAUAUUACUUCCUCCACAAUUUCCUCAGGAAAAACCAGUGAUCAGUGUUUAUCCACCUAUAAGACAUCACUUAAUGGAUAAGCAAGGAAUAUAUGUUACCUCUCCAUUAGUAAACAAUUUUACAAUGCACUCAGAUCUUGGAAAAAUUGUUCAGAGUCUUUUGGAUGAGUUCUGGAAAAAUCCUCCAGUUUUAGCUCCGACUUCAACUGCAUUUCCAUACCUGUAUAGUAACCCAGGUGGAAUGCCUCCUUAUGCUUCUCAGGGUUUUUCAUUUCUUCCUUCAUACCCUCCACAAGAAACUAACAGAAAUAUCACUCCUUUGUCUGUUGACACUGUUCCAUCUUCAACCACAAGUUAUACCACAGCCAAGCCUGCAGCUCCUAUAUUUGGUAUCCUUUCAAGUCUGCCACUGCCUGUUCCUGUAACAGAAACCUCAGCUUUGAUUAGCCAUAAUGGUUUGGGUUACAAGAUGCCGGAUAUCCCUGAUGCAUUUCCAGAACUCUCAGAACUAAGCAUGUCACAACUUACAGAUAUGAAUGAACAAGAGGAGGUGUUACUAGAACAGUUUAUGACUUUGCCUCAACUAAAACAAAUUAUUACUGACAAGGAUGACUUGAUAAAAAGUAUUGAAGAAUUAGCAAGAAAAAAUCUCCUUUUGGAGCCCAGUUUAGAAGCCAAAAGGCAAACUGUUUUAGAUAAGUAUGAAUUACUUACACAAAUGAAAUCAACCUUUGAAAAGAAGAUGCAAAGGCAACAUGAACUGAGCGAGAGUUGUAGUGCCAGCGCCUUGCAAGCAAGAUUGAAAGUUGCUGCACAUGAAGCGGAAGAAGAAUCUGAUCAUAUUGCUGAGGAGUUUCUAGAGGGAAAAACUGAAAUAGAUGAUUUUCUCAGUAGCUUCAUGGAAAAGAGAACAAUUUGCCACUGUAGAAGAGCCAAAGAAGAGAAACUCCAACAGGUGAUAGCGAUGCACAGCCAAUUUCAUGCUCCACUAUAGAUUUUCCUGAAAACAUGAAAUAUCAAGAGACAUGGAACACAAAACUAAGCACAUUGUUUUAUAUCUAUGAUUUGAAAAUUAGCAUUUGUAACAUGGGCUGAAUUCAGAUACACAAUAUGGAUUGUAUAUAAAACUUGAGACUGAUUUUGUAUAGAAUAGAAUGAUUACUAUAUUUGCUUUGGGAAAUUUUUCUGCUCUGUUUGCACUAAAAUAUUUAUUAUUGAUAGAUCUUAUAUUUAAGUUUCACUGCUAUUCCUCUUAUUGAUUAAAUGCCUAUGUAUGGAAUUUUAGCUAAUUCAUACUAUUUUAUAAAACUACUUAAUUUUAUAGUUUUAAUUUGAAGCUGCCUCAUUUCUUUAUUAAGAAUGGUUGUUAUUUAGAUUUUUUGUCAGCUUUUUUCCAGCUGUAAGAAUCCCUGUUUUUUUUUUUCCUUUAUAGAUGAAAACUUUUUUAAAAAAAUGAAAGCAAUUCAUUUUAAAUUUCCAGUGUCAGAAAACACUAAACCUGCCCCUGCCAUCUCAAGAUGGCAGAUCAGUAAGUCAGAAGAAUAAAGCAACUGCUUUUAUUUUUAAAGAUGCAUUUAAGAAGCAAUACAGGUUUAUAGUUAUAGUUUGUUUUUUUUCCUCUGGGGUAGAGUCUAAGUAGUCUAGGCUGGCCUCAAACUUAUCAUUCCUUCUCAGUAUUGGGAUUAUAGGCAUGUCCCACUAAACCCAGCUGGCAAACAUAUUUUACUUAACUUAAAAACUGUUACUUAUCUAAAACAGUCCAGUAGGUACUUUGAAGCUAACUUUUAAAAGUAAGUACCUGACAGGUUUGUGGUUAGAGGAGGAUUUUUUUUUAAUAUUUUAAGUUAUAAAAACAGUGUUUUGUUAAUAAAUAGAUCUAGAAACAAGUCAGUUUUCUGACAUUUACUGUGGCUUAUCUUUUCCUAAGAGAAAAGCUGUAUAAAUAAAAUUAAUAUUUACUGUUUAGGCAAUCCUAAUUUUUAAUGAAUUAGUUGAAAUUUCUAUUUUCUACUUGUGUUCAGCAAUUUGUUUCUGUACUUUGUCACACAAUAAACCCAUUAAAGUGCAUAAAGGAGAAAAUCUUGAACUACAUAUCUGAGACUUGGUAAGGUAGUAUCUAAACCACAGAAUAACCUAAUGCAUAUUUCUAUUUAAAUUUUAUUCCACUGUGAUUGUCAUUCUAACACCAGCAUAUAUUACAAUUUUUCUUGUCUUCAUUCUUUAUUAUACAUGUUUUUGAUAAUGGGAAUUUUAGGAAAAACAAAAUUGUUUUCCUAGAAUGGAAAAUAGGUAAGGCUUAGUCUGUUUACAAAAGGCAAAUAUUCACAAAGACUAUAAAAUGAGAGUGGUUGUUAUAUACCAUUAUUAACUGCCUCUUUUUAUGGCAUUAUGCUAAGGGAAUAGUACUUUUUCUUCAAAAUGAUGAGAUGAAGGUAAAAUUAGUAUUCCUGGUAUGUAGGAGAGAAAACGGAGAUAACAUUCAUGACAGAUGGGGACCUUCAGAAACCUCUCCUUACUGUAAUAGUGUCAUAGUUUAAGGUCCCAGUCUUCACUGCAGUUGGUGGAGAAUAAAAAGUUCCAACUAGACCCACAAUAAGAGACCAGCAAACCACAGCCAGUCUAGAAGGAUUUUGACUCACUUAUUUUAUUAUAACGACUAAAAAGAAAGGCAUUUGUAGAAAUGCUAGUAAUAGCUAACUUUUGAAUGUUUUAGUUAGGUGCUACCUAUCUUCACUUCUACACCAAAAUAAAUAAAUCACUUGCUUACACAGCACUAUAAUACAAACAGGGAUCCAUUUUUUUUUCUUUUAAAUUUGGAUUAUCCUAAUUUCAUUCUAUACUUGUUAAGGCAGCCUAGUAGAGAGCAUAUCUUUACAACCCAAGUGUUACAGGAGUUUGACUACAAUUGUCUGCAUUUAACAAGUUGACAAAAUAGUUUAGGUGUAGAUUAUUGUAUGUCAUUUAGGAUGAAAGGAAACUGGAUUUGAGUAUGCCUGCAUGAACUCAGGUUCAAUAACUGCAAGAGAAAUCAAGUGAUACUUUUCAUUUUAUGGCCAUAUUUCUUCCUUGUACCAAAAAAUAUAUAUACAUAUGGUGCUGGAUGUGGUGGUGCAUGCCUUUAGUCACAGCAUUAAAGAGGCUAAGAAGGAAGGAGGAUUGCUGUGAAUGCAAGGCCAGGUUGGGCUAUAGUGAAACCCUGCCUCGGAAAAAACAAAACAACAAAAACCAAAUGGCUAUAUGGGGCUAGGGACAUUGUUCAAUAAAUAAGCACUUGCUAUGUAAA